UCCCCAUCCCCUGGGCACCCCGGUUCCCCAUCCCCAUCCCCUGGGCACCCUGGCCCUCCAUCCCCAUCCCCUGCACACUCAGGUGCGAGUCGUCACACCAACCCUCCGACUCCAUCCCCUGUGCACCCCGGCCCUCCAGGUCCUGUCCCAACGCCUGUACACUCCAGCCCUUGUGCAUCCUAGUCCCCGCGGACCUGUCCCAUCCCCUGUGCAUCCCGAUCCACCAUUCCCAGCGUGCCCGGUCCUCCAGAUCCUGCCCCAGCCCCUGGCUCCCCGGUCCCCCCAGCCAGUCCUCGAUGCACCCCAGUCCUGCAGCCCCUGUGCCCAGUCCCAAACCCGUUGCACCCAGUCCCAUCCCAGCUUCAGCGCGCCCCUUCUCCUCUCCUGCUGCACUCUGCACUCCAGUGCCUGCCUAUCUGUAUCUGCAUGCACUUCUGGCAAGUUGCAGGGCUCCUGUGCACCUUAGAGCCCUGGGAGGCUGGAAAGCUUCCCAUCCUCGUCUGAGCUCAAGAACUGAGAUUAUCUAAACUUCCUCCUUUUGUUCGCCAAUGUCAGUAGUUAGGAGACAAGCAAGCACUGGCUGUGGAUGAUGGAAGGGGCAUGGCUGAGAGGGCCAAGGGGAGAAGCAUAGGCUAUCAGAAGGGAUGGAGGAGAUCAUACAUAGGAUAAACCGACACUUACUGUUGGAUUGAUCCAAGAUGAAGGAAAGUGGCAGGUCACCAUUACAGCCAGACCAGCUGUGAGAGGGGGGUGGUCAACACCCCCCGGGGACAGCCUCCCAAACCCAAGGGAACAGCAGGUGCUGGAGACCCAUGGACGACUUCCAGAGUGAGCACCUCACAGCACUCCGAUCCCUGGAGCAGACCAUCCACCACAGGCUCCAGGAAGACAUCCAGCUGCGACAAGACACCUGGUGGGAGCUGCUAGCUCAGCACUGCACCAUAGUCACAAAAAGAACCAGAAAGCAACAAAUUAUAAACUCAAACAGGCUUGUAAACAAAAGCGAAUUGCCAAGAUCCUGACAUUUGCCCUGAUUUCUGCUCUGUGACUUUGGGCAAAAAAAUGUGUGAGCUCAACAAAAACACAACAAAUAACUCAACAGUCACUCACCCAAUCCCACUAGGUCUGGUCCUGGGUAGCAUCUCACUGAUCACAGUCAUCAUGAAUAUUUUGGUCCUAUAUGCAGUGAAAACAGAAAGAAAGCUGCAAACAGUUGGUAACCUGUACAUUGUCAGCCUAUCCGUUGCAGACCUUAUAGUUGGAGCAGCUGUUAUGCCGCUGAACAUGAUGUACCUACUGAAAGGCAAGUGGGUACUGGGCAGUCUAGCCUGUUUGUUCUGGCUCUCAAUGGAUUAUGUAGCCUCCACAGCCUCCAUCUUCAGCCUUUUUAUAUUGUGCAUAGAUCGUUACCGUUCAGUACAACAGCCACUCAAUUAUCUCAAGUACCGGACCAAAACUAGAGCAUUGGUAAUGAUUUCUGGAGCUUGGCUGAUUUCUCUUCUGUGGAUCAUCCCGAUUCAAGGCUGGCAUGCUUUUGCCAAUAUUAGGAAUCGGACAGUGGGUGAAGUUACCUGUGAAACAGAAUUCUCCCAAGUCACCUGGUUUAAAGUGUUGACAGCAAUUGUCAACUUCUAUGUCCCAUCUUUACUGAUGUUAUGGUUCUAUGCAAAAAUAUACAAAGCUGUCAGGAAACACUGUCAGCACCGAGAGCUCAUCAAUGGAUCUUUUCGAUCUUUCUCAGAAAACAAAAGUGUACAUCAUAAAGGGCAGGAAAAGCAAAAGAUUUGCCACAAAAAGUCAAAUAAAGAUAUACCCUCAAGUCUUUUGAAAGGAAGCUCUGCAGAUCCUUGCUGCAAUGUAAAUCUCCACUUUCCUCAGUCUAAACGUAUGGAGGCAAAACUUCAACUUGGCAGCUUUGACAACUGCCCAAACACUCUCAUUACAGAAGAUGACAGCAAAGUAGUAAACCGGAGCUGCUUUCCUCUUGCUAUUGCCCAGACUCAGUCAGGACCAGAUAAAGUAGGAAUUAAGUAUGUGUCGGUCAAGAAGGGGCCAGAGUUAAGUGACACAUCAGAUGAGCACACUUUCAUAGAAGGGGUCUUGUGUAAAAAUGACUCCUAUUCCACCCUGGAGCCAACUUCUAGUGCUGAGGACAAGACUAACAAAGGCCUUGGUUAUCUGAAGAGCACCUGGCUGAGACUGCGCACCCAGUCCAUGCAAGGGGUGCAUCUGAACAGGGAGAAGAAAGCAGCCAAGCAGUUGGGUUUUAUAAUGGCAGCCUUUAUGCUGUGCUGGAUUCCUUAUUUUGUGCUGUUUAUGGUAAUAGCCUAUUGUCAAAGCUGUUGCAACCAGGGUUUCUACAUGUUCACUAUUUGGCUUGGUUACGUAAACUCCACUUUAAAUCCAUUCAUCUAUCCCCUCUGUAACGAGAACUUCAAGACGACUUUCAAAAAGAUCCUUCAUAUUCACUCAUAAUGUAUCUUCAGGCUGUUUUUAUUUGGAUUAAAAAAGCAAGUCCAGGUUUUCAAAGAAAGAAAGCUUUCCAGUUUCAAAGGAAAUUAUGACUGAGAUAGAAGGCUUAAAUGUAAACAGUAGACCUAUCAUGUGAAAACAGAAAACACAUAUUUACAUGACAAAGAGCUUUCAAGUUCAACAUGUUUAAAAGGGAACUGAUUUUGACCAGGAUUCCUAAAAACUCAGGGCUCAGACUCAGGACUGCUAUGCUAAUAAUGUAUAUAUUUUACAACUUUUAAGAUUUCCUCUUUACAUUGUGUAGAACAAAACUGGAAAGAUGGACAGAAAUCUUUAGUUAUGAGCUAAUUAGAUGCGGAAAGAGAAGAAAUACUUCAGUUUAUAUCCUCUGUAACUUCUAAAAAGUUAACUUGGAAACAUGCUGCUUGUUGAAGGCACCAAUCUCUCACAAUAUAUGCUUUUUCAUGUAGUUAAAAGGAUGGCACUUGAACUGUUUGAAAAUAUAACCUAUUUAUUAAUAAAUUCCCCCAGAAUAAUGCACUUAUAGAGAUAAGUUGCAU